AACAGAAGAAGAAGAAGAAAAAGAAGCACACAAAUCAACAAAAUAAUAAAUACAUAGGCAAAAAAUAUAUAAAAUAAUAUACAAACAUAUUCAUACAAAUAACGAACGAAUAUGAUGUUCAGGGCAUCGGAUUUCACAUUGAGCAAUAAAAUACGUUUCAUUCUAUCGGCAUGGGCGUGUCUAGUACUCUUUGCCGUGCUUGGUGGGCGUACAGACGUGUUGCAACCUACUUUUGCUGCACAUAGUAACCUGCAACACACGCCGCGGACCUUAAGGACCGCGGAGGGCAGCAGUAUCUCCAAAGGUCUUCUGAAGGACCCUGUUGAGUACUUUGAGUCCCUUGCAAAGACAAACGGAUAUUGCAGAAAGCUGGUAACUUUUGGAGGAUCAUCGUGUAAGAGGCUAGUGGAUGGAGAUAAACUGGUGUGUUUAGACGACCACCUGGCUAUACCGAAGAAGGACUGUCUCGUGUAUUCCUUCGGCGCGGGUGAUGACGUUAGCUUCGAGGACGCCAUGAUAAACUAUGCGGGUUGUGAACUUCAUUUGUUCGACCCGACCGUGAACGCCUCGGAAUUUAUGGAUAGCGACGAGAAAAUCAAGUUCCACCAAAUAGGACUCGGUGACAGCGAAAAGGUUGUGUCCAGCAAGCAGUCAUCCAAGGUCUUUGUACUCAAGCCCUUCGAUAGCAUUCUGCGGCAAAAUGGUCACGUUGGAAGAACCAUUCACUAUCUCAAGCUUGAUAUAGAAUCCAGUGAAUGGGAGGUACUUCCAUAUAUGUUAGAAAAGGGGUUACUGGACAAUGUGUGGCAGCUGGCGAUGGAGGUGCACAGCAAUUUCCUGAAGAAUCUGCCGUUUGAUACCUGGAUGAAACACUUACAGAGACAACACGACAUCCUGUUAAGCCUAGAAGCAAUCGGCUUCCGGAAAAUCAGUUACAAGGAAACAUGAACAUGAUCGGUUUCGUGAAGAUUCCCUCCGAGGAAGGGGAGAGGCCGGCGUGCGGGGAGG